AUGUUUUCCAUCUCCUCAAGCUCAAGUUCUUCAGAUUCUAAUCAAAAUGAAGACUUCGAUCACCUUGUUGAUGAUUUUGUCACAAACCACCUACCACUUAUAUUAAUUCCACAAAACCCACCACAAGAAAGCCAACCUAUAAACGAUAUUAAUAGUGUACUAAUUCCAAGAGGGGAUAGGGAAAGAGAAAAAGGGCAUUUGCAGUUAUUUAACGAUUACUUUGAAAAUAAUCCGGUUUACAACGAAAACCAAUUUUGUCGUAGAUUUCGAAUGAAACGACCUUUGUUUUGUCAUAUUAUGAGCAAGGUGGUUGAAGGGGACCAGUUCUUUCAGCAACGUCGGAAUGCAGCAAGAAGGCUAGGUUUAUCACCUUUGCAAAAAUGCACUGCAGCAAUAAGAAUGUUAGCUUACGGUCUGGCUCCAGAUGUCGUGGAUGAAUAUUUGCGUAUUGGCCAAACAACCUCUAGGAAGGCGUUGCAACAUUUUUGUCAAGGGGUUAUUAAACAGUUUGAAGGUGAUUACCUACGAAGUCCUACAGAUGAAGAUAUAAGGAGAAUCCUUUACCAAAAUAAUAGGCGUGGUUUUCAUGGGAUGAUUGGUAGUAUAGACUGCAUGCAUUGGGAGUGGAAGAAUUGUCCUAUGGCUUGGAAAGCGCAAUAUGCUGGUCGUAGCAAGAAUGCGACCCUCAUUCCAGAAGUCGUUGCUGAUCAAGAUUUAUGGAUUUGGCAUGCAUUCUUUGGAAUGCCUGGAUCAUGCAACGAUCUUAAUGUUCUUUACCGAUCUUCGGUGUUUGAUGAUGUACUACAAGGUCGUUCACCGCCAAUAAAUUUUUCGGUCAACGGUCAUCAGUACAACUUGGGCUACUACUUAGCCGAUGGAAUUUACCCGAGAUGGCCAACUUUUAUACAAGGUAUAACACAUCUCAGCUUCAAAAAGACAAGUUAUUCGCUGAUAGACAAGCAGCAGCUCGGAAAGACGUUGAACGGGCCUUCGGAGUUUUACAAGCUAGAGGAUGAACGACAAAAAUACACUCGUGUAGAAGUUUUGAGACAGUACUAUGAAGAAGAUCGCCCACAACGUACAACAGUAAGGUCGGGACCAAGUACAAGUGCCAUGGUGAACAACGACGAGCCUUUUGAAUACAAUGUCGGACGUCCACCCAACAUUGAAUUUGACACGUAUCUUCAGAGACGGAUAGCCCUUUGUGAUAGAGAGACCCAUUUAUCUCUCAAACAAGAUUUGGUAGAGCACAUUUGGCAAAAUCCAAGUCCAUUGCCUAUUUCAAGUUCACUCGGAGCUUUGGCAAUUAUCGUAGGAGGCGUGAUGUACAAUCACUAUACUAAUUUCAAGGGAGGUGAAACACUUCUAAGUUUAGCUGUAUUUCUAUCCUGUAUACCACGAUUGUAUGGUGGUAUAAAGUUCUACGAAAAUUCAUGUUUGAAGUCAUCAUACCAAAGUCAUACAAAUAUAUAUCAUUUAGCAGCGAAUUUGCUUAUUGGAUGUUAUAUUCUUAUUGAUGGUUUUCUUAUCUUGGACCACGAAGAGCCCGAUUACGCUCCUGAUUUUUAUUCUCAUUAUCAUAUUGAUGAAAAAUCUCCUCGUGCUAUGCCAUAA